GCUUUAGGUUGGUUGUACUAGCUUUAGCUUGCGGAAACUGUUGGUAUUGUAGUUUAUUACAAGGCAAAUUUAAAGUCAUUACACUGUAGCCCAGCAAAACCGUAAAUUUUACGUUUGCGUCUGUAUUUGCCACUCUGACCGGCGCCCGUUUAUUCGUGUGAAAAGCUAGCUAGCAUAGAAAGCUAAUUGAGCUAAAGAGGAAGGAAUCUAACGGUAGAGUCUGCGUCCGUCAACAGAUUUACUCCUACCUGUCAACAUGAGUGAUGCUUGGCAAGAAUGUAUGGAUUACUGUGUGGAGGUCACCAAAAAGGCUGGGAAGAUGAUCCGUGAGGCCCUCCAGAUGGACAUCGCCGUCAUGCAGAAGAGCUCACCGGUUGACCUGGUGACCGAAACGGACCAGAAAGUGGAACAGCUAAUUAUAUCCUCCAUCAAGGAAAAGUACCCCACUCACAGCUUCAUAGGUGAGGAGUCAGUAGCAGCAGGUGCUCCCAGUAUUCUAACUGACAAUCCCACUUGGAUCAUUGACCCUAUUGACGGUACCACCAACUUUGUUCACAGAUUCCCGUUUGUGUCUGUAUCAAUUGGCUUCGCUGUGAAGAAAGAGAUAGAGUUUGGGAUUGUCUACAGCUGCAUUGAAGACAAAAUGUACACAGCACGGAGAGGCAAAGGGGCUUUCUGUAAUGGAGUCCCUAUAAAGGUGUCUGGACAGGAAGAUAUUAGCCAGUCCUUGGUACUGACAGAAAUGGGCUUCAAGAAGGAUCCUGAACAGUUCAAAACAAUGUUGGCCAACGUCAAGACCAUCCUCUCCAUCCCUGUACAUGGUAUCCGCUCCCCGGGCAGCGCAGCAGUCAACAUGUGUCUGGUAGCGUGCGGAUCAGCUGAUGCUUACUACCACAUGGGCAUCCACUGCUGGGACAUGGCUGGAGGGGCGGCGGUUGUUACUGAAGCAGGAGGAGUUAUCAUGGACAUCUCAGGUGGACCGUUUGAUCUAAUGUCACGGAGGCUAAUCGUCGCGAGCAGCAGCAAAAUAGCAGAACGUAUUGCGAAGGAGGUAACAGAGUUUCACGUUGGCAGGGACGACAUGGAAGGCCAGUAAACAUCCACCGUCUCUUCAGCCAACUGAACAGUUAUUUAAACGUGCAGAUGUUUUAACUCGUGUCUUAAGCAGGUAACGAUUCAAACUUUGCCUUAAGCACCAAACAACGAUAAACCUACCUCUGAAUGGUGAGUGGGUUUGUCAAAUAUUCAGAGCUUAGACUUUCGUUCUUCUUUCUGCUCUCUUGUCAUUGUUGUAAUUCUGCACUUAGACAUUCACAGAUUCAGAAUUCCUUUUCUGUUUCAACUUAUUUAUACCGUAAUGACAUGAUUAAUGAAAAAAAAAUUUAAAAGCUUAUUUUUACAGUAUUGUCUCUGAUCCGUCAGCCUUUUUUUAAUUGUUUUUACUUAUUUAUGUGGACAAAUGCUAUCAUAACCAAAUCAAGGAACUUCACUGAUAAAAUCCUUCCAUACAGUAUUGCAAUACAAUAAUUUUAAUGUAAAUGUGUUCAGGUUUUACCAGUAAUACUGCUUUUUUCUACAGGACUUUGGGGCUUGAUUCUUAGGUUAUUGUAUUUAAUUAGUAGAUGUAUUUGUUUUUACAGUAAGAAAAUGAUCCAAUCCUGUCACUGGUUUGCACUGAUAUGCAAAAAGAUGUAUGCCAGACAUUGCGUACAUAUAACUACUGUACUGUAUACCUGUUUCUUUGUGUCCAUGAAGUGAUUUAUUUAUUUCAGUUGAAGUCCAAACUGAUGGUGUUCUUUUAAAAUAGGUGCAUAUUUUAGUUUUUUUUUUUUUUAAAAGGUAAAAUGAAGUCGAUGAAUAUAAAGUGCUAUAAAAAUCUCCUGCUUGUGCAGAGCCUCUCUCUGAAGCACUACUUGUCUUUAAUGCCCUGCAGGGAUAGGUGUCAGCCUGCAUCCACAUGUUGGCUGUACUCAGGAACUAAAAAGUGGCAACAGAAGCGUGACCGCAAACAUUUGUGCAGAAAAAUGCUGACACAGCAACUUUGAUUUGUUUAAUUAAACAUGACAGUUUUGUGUCAUGACUUAUUCCCUCUGAGAUAUGUAAUUAAACCACCCACAACACCAAAAGCAAGAAAAUUAACAGAACAGUAAAUUCUCCCAGCGCUGCUCCGAUGUUACGUCACUCCAGCGGUCGUGCAACAUUAUAAUUCCUUCACUGUGAGAAAACAACAGCUGCUAUACCCGACCAUAUGCUCUGAAAUCAGAUUUUAUCUCGAACUACGUUGGAUAAAUAAAAAUUCCUCCAUCCUUAAUCUCCAGCCAGGCUUCUGAACACCUUCAUAAGACCAGACUAGUGGUUCGCACCAGCCGUGUGUGUUCAAACAUAAAUAAAUGUCCAUAUUCAGUCUGACCUGGAAAGAUGAUAAACUAUCUCCUCCUUAUAAAACCUAUAAAGCAAAAAAUAUGAAGAGACAAAGCAUCUCUUGCUCCAAACAGGAAACCAAAUAAACAGAACACAGCAGGCCUCUAAAACUCCAUAAAACAGAAGAAAAAAAAAUCACAGACUGCUAACAUUGUGAUUUAGUAGGGAGAUAAAAGCUUUUCAAAGCCGUUACACCAUGUGAAAUUCUCUGUUGCAUUUCCUCUGCCCUUUCAGUCAGUGCUGUAGAUGCUGCACAUGCAGAGCAUUGGAUGCCCCCCCGGGCUGAUGUGCUCUAUGAAAUAGCCUCAAGUUCUGCUCUCCAAGGACUUUUGUCUCUUUAUUUUUUCAAUACCUACACUUGCCGAUGACCGACAAAUGGUUUUAAAACACUUUACUUGAGCAAACCCAGGUUUUUAAACUGCUGUCGCGGCUUCCACAGAAAUCAAUGGUCUCUGUUAGUCUGCAGCAGGGGUAAUCACCAGGGCCGGACAGCUGAAGUCCCCCUCGAUCUACCGCCUUUACAUCAAUGAUUGCUCAACUAGUCCUGUUGCAUCGCCAUCUUUUGACAUUUAAUGUUUUUGUUACUUGUUUGUUACAGGCAUUAAUAGCGCAGCCAACCAAGCAUGUACUUUUACUGCUAUGUCCUGGUUUCAGUUAAGGGAAGUACCAUCCAUUGUUCUUUGAAAAACUGGCAAGGCUAUGCUUUCCUGCUACAUCCCAAAAAUGUGUCCCUGGAGAAGGCAGAGUCAGGCUCUGUAGAUGUUGAUUAGAUUUUGUGUUUUUUUUUCUUCCUUUGUUUCAAUUGCUUCUUCAGUUUUGUUAAUGCCCCAGUACGUGUCUUUGUGCUCUGUCUUUGGCUUGGUUUGCCAUCAUGUUAUGUAUUUAUUUUAGCCAUGCUACCUGGUUAUAGUAAUGACAGUUGAUCUCGGAGGUCCACCACUUUGAUCCAAACUGAUCCAUCUUAACACCUAUUAGAUGAUAUGUGAUGGAUUUUGCAUUGACGUAUUAACAGUCGUCAGAGCAUGAAGCUGAUUGAUCCUCUGACUUUGUGACCACAAAGUUGAUUUUUUUUUUCUUUUCUGUGUGUGUGAAAUGUCAAAACAGCUGUUCAUGGAUUGCUACAGAAUUUGGUGCAGACAUUCAUGCUCACUGGAGAAUGAGGCCUACUGACUUGGCAGUUCUUGGCAGAUUGAUAUCUUUGGUUUUUAGUGUAUUGUCUCAACAAACUCAACUUAAUAGAUUCACAUAAAAUUUGGUACAGACAUUCAUCUGCCCCUCAUGAUGAAUUGUAAUAACUCCUAACUGUUGGUCUAGCACCAUGAAGAGAUUUAUUUUCUGACCAAAUGCAACACUAAUAUUAGCCUUGACAGUACUUUGUGUUUAUUGCUGAUUAGCAGAUGUUCAUAACACGCUAAACUAAGGUGGUUAACAUGCUAAACAGCAACAUGUUAACAUAUUCAUCGUGAGCAUGUAAGCCUGCUGCUGAAAUUAGCAUUGAGCUAAAGGCCCCAGUGUGCCAAAGUAACCAGGGAUAACCAAGUAACAGGGAUGCUAGCAUGAAUGAAGGCUCAAAAUCAGAUGGGCCUCGGUGGCACAAUUAUAAAGGCCUGUAGACCGGAAACAACCUGUCUGAAGCUCCUGCUCUCCUGCUCAUCUUUCACAGUGUACCGUUGACCUUCAGCAACUGCACGAUCAUGGCAGGCCUCAGUUACAGCUGUGAUUCUAGGGAACCAAACAUCCAAAACAUCCGUCAUCCUGGAUAAAUUAUUCAUAACGGACCUGCCAGGGAGACAGCACGACUGAUGUAUUUGUUUUGCCUGUCCUAUCACUUCCCUCAGCCUGUCUCCCACCAUUUUAGAGAGCAUUUUAUAUUUAGUGCACAACAGGGACAACAGGGUGACUACUGUUCUCCCGCUGUUCCCGGUCAAACAAAACUUUCAACAAAACCCUCUCUUCAUGAUACCGCGUACCGAUGUGUUAACUUCAACAGAGGUCUGUUUAUUUUAGCUGUGCAGCUUGUGAAUCCUUGUAAAGUAGGAUGACAGUGUUGUUUGCCAGGGUUGUCAUUGCAUAACGCAAGUGUCAUGUUGAUCGACAUCACAUUGCUAACUCGCAUGGAGAGGAUUGGAUGUAGUCCUUUAACAUUCGCUUUAGCGCUCAUCUUGUCAUUGCUAGCAAACAGUCAAAACAGGUUUAGGGUAUUUCAACACACGUGAACUUGAGUUAUGCAAGAUGUGGCGUUGACGAACGUCAUGUCUGGACGAGCCUCUGCAAAAUUCCACGCUGUGCUGUUUUACUAACACCGACAAAGGUGUCAGACAAUGUAGAACUUAUAGAAUUAUUAUUAUUUUUAUUUUGUGUAUAUUUAUAAACCUGAUCUCUUAAAAUGUUUAUUUCUCAGUUAACCCAAGGACUGGAAUGGUGAAUUCCUGUUCUCUUUACAUAUGCUACCUCCUUUUUCAAAGACUGACUGCAAAUGAUCCACCUGGGGACCACUGUCAUCAUGUUACAAGGUUGUCAGCAACAGGCACAAUGUAAUUUUCUUGACACAUGCAGCAUUUCCUAUGAUUUGAACAAUCAGUCUUGCAGCAAGAUAUGAUUUCCUGCAAGACAACUAUCUGCUGUUUUUUGUAGCCUGAAGAUUCACAAAACUGUCACUCCCUGUGGACUUAAGCGCAGUAUAUGAAAGAAAGAGAGUUAAAAUGAUGUCAUUUGGGGCCAAAACAUUCCUUACUUACUUACUUCAGGAGACUUAAGUCCACUUGAACCAGUGUUGCAGUAUUGUUUUUUGAUACUUGUACCUUGCAGUAUGUCCUGAAUGUUCUGAGUCUCUCACAGACAAGGAGAUCUGAUUUGCAUUUAAGGUACCUCGCUGUACAACGAGAUGUUGUAAGUACUUGCUUUUACAUGUUCUCGUGAUAACUGUUGCGGGAAUGAAAACUUAUGACAUAUGAAUGUACAGGUACAAGUAGAUCUAUGUACCAGUAUCUACUUUAUUUCAAUUCAUGAAGAUGUUGUCAAAACUUUAUCCAACUUUCAGCAGCCACGGCGAGAAACAGGCAUGUAUGCUGACUCACCAGGGGGCCUCUCCAAGUAUUUUCCACCAGUUGAAUAAUACAAUAAAAGGACCUAAAGAGAAAACUCAAUAGCUGUGAAACUGUCAGGAAAUACAAAACUGACAGGAGUUUUGUUUGUCAUGCAAAUCCCAUGUUAAAACUAAAAAAAAACAUAUUUUCAGCUCAGCAAGUCUGAUUUAUGUGCGAAAGGUUUAUGAUCUGACAUACCAGUAAGAGAAUGGAAUUUCUAUCGUGCACUGUUCGGCAUUUAAUUAUUAGUCACAUCAGCUGCUGCGUACACGUAUGUUACAGAAAUGUUCACGCCAGGGUGUGUCUGAACGCAACACCUCCGCAUUAUACCACCUCCGGUUGGCUCCGGAAAGUUACAAAGACACCCCUAAAUUUUCCACUUAUAUGGCCAUAGAUCCACUACAGUAGAUGUGGUAUCAUGUUGUUGCAGGUCUGUACUCAUAACCACAGACUUUUUUUUUCUCCUUUGGUUGCUGUAAAAGAACAGAUGAGGGCGGUGCUAGUACUUUUCCCACUCUGUCAUACCAGCUCUUUUUAGUUGCCUCAUCUCUCCAAUGAGGUAACUUAGUCUUUCAAAAGAAGCUGCACUAGCGUCUAGUAGUUAAACCUUUGGCAGCACCACCUGACUCACAAGUAAGUCACCCCACCCCAGAAAACACCACCGGAAAACAAAAUGGGCGACCCAUGGCAGGAGGCAUAUGACUUUGCUGUUGAAGUGGCGAGAAAAGCUGGAGCGG